UUUUUUUUUUUGUAUAUUUAUAUUUUUUUUUUCUGUUCUUCUUUAACAUGUUCAAAAUUACAAAUCAACUAUAUGAAAAGAUUAAAUAUUUUGCUCAAUUUCCACAGACAGGCGUUUCUUUAAAGCAGAUGGUCAUGUUCGGACAGAGGCCUGCACCAGCAACAUUUUUUAAAGCAAGUCAAUUUUUACAUGAGGAAUUACCUAUUCGAUUAGCUCAUCGAGUAAAAGAAUUGGAUGAACUUCCUCGAGGCCUUGGUGAAAUGCCUUCAAUUCUUAAAGUAAAAGAUUGGUAUGCACAGUCAUUUCAGGAAUUAAUAGAAUUAUCACGACCAGAAUUAAGCUCCCAAAUGAAGGCAACUUUUCGAAAGGCAAUAAAAAACUCUGAAGAAUUACCUCAAAGUACACCCAAUUUGGCUAUUCCACAAAAGAAGCCUACUGGCAGAUAUCAAAAUAUGUUAGGUCAUAGAUAUUAUAAUAACUUUGAAAAUAUUGAAUGUACACCUUCCAUAUUAUCCUAUACAAACGAAUUUGUGAAAACAAUUGAAAAUAUUAAAAGAAGACAUGAUCCUGUAGUAACAACGAUGGCACAGGGUAUUAUGGAAUAUAAACAACAUCGUAAAGCAAGUAUGAUUGAUUCCGAUGUGCAACAAUUUCUUGAUCGGUUUUAUAUGUCGAGAAUUGGAAUCCGAAUGCUGAUUGGUCAACAUUCGGCGCUUUAUCGUGGUCCGUUUAUGCGGAAUUAUGUCGGCGUCAUUUGUACAAGGACAAAUAUUAGAGAAAUUGCUUUAGAUGCUAUUGCUAAUGCGAGAUUUAUAUGUGAAGAUCAUUAUGGUCUGUUUAAAGCACCAGAAGUACAAAUGUUUUGUCCCGGAGAUAUUGAAUUUAUGUAUGUUCCCUCUCAUUUAAAUCAUAUGGUUUUUGAGUUAUUGAAAAAUUCGUUACGUGCUGUAGUAGAAAGAUUUGGAUCUGACUAUGAAGAUGAAUAUCCACCUAUUAAGCUUAUUAUAGCACACGGAAAAGAGGAUAUUACAAUAAAAAUUUCAGACGAGGGAGGCGGAUUACCAAGAUCUGGAGUUCCUGUUAUUUGGACAUAUAUGUAUACGACGGCAACGGCACAGGAAUUAGAGCCAGAAUUUAAUAAAUCAGAAUUCAAGGCACCCAUGGCUGGCUUUGGUUAUGGGUUACCUAUUUCUAGAUUAGUAAAGCAUAUUAAGAUAAAAUAGUAGCUAAAGAUGAAAUUUCAUUAAUUUAAUAUCUAACAAUAGUAUGCAAGGUACUUUGGUGGUGACUUGAAGUUAAUAUCAAUGGAAGGUUAUGGUACUGACGCGUAUCUUCAUUUAAAUCGACUUUCAGAUAGUGAUGAACCAUUAAUUAUGUAAAGAAAUAUAAAGUGAAUGUAAAAUAAAGCAAAUACAUAAAAAUUAUACAAUUAAAAAAAAAAAAAA